AUGGGCAUAGGAAUGGGUGCCCAGGGCUAUGUUGCAACCAACGGUUUCUCAAAGAACACUUGCAUCAUUGCUACAACCAGCAAGAGGCUUUGGCUUGGCAAACCCUUUCCUACACCACCUCCAGGAGACAAGAUUUUGACUGCAGUCCUUCUAGGACUCGUCCUGACUCCAGCCCUUGCUGAUUAUUCUCAGCAGUCGGGCAACAACUGCCAGGUCUCUGUUGGUGGUGUUUUCCAAAAUCUGACUCUCAGUAGUCUGACACGUGUGGUGGUUAUUGAACAAAGGAGCGACCAGUUCUCAUGGAAAACCGUCUGGAACUACAACACGGGCAUCAUUGCAACCAAAUUGGUGCAACAGAACACCUGCUACAUUUCUGUCAUGAACAGAAAUGAGAUGCCCAGCUUUGAGAGUCUGGCCCACAUGGCUUCACAGAAUGGGAACCAGAUGGGUCUUGGAAGACCUAGCAAGAAGAUCACCUUUGUCACCAAUGGACUGGUCAACAACGUCAGCUCCUAUGGAAUAGAAAUCUCAGCUAUGUGCAGUGGACUCACCACCUACAUUGCUACUGAAGUUCACAAUUUGCAGGGACCCCAGGUGAAUCUGGGAUCAUGCAUUACCCUGGAUGUUCUGAGAAUUGUGGAACUGGAUUACUGUGGUGGCAAUGGCAACUGGAAUGGCAAUAUCCCGUCUCAGCAGAUUCCAGGUGGCAUCUUCAACAACACACAGGGCAGCCAAACACAUGUCGUCAUCAUUGGUGGCAACUCCCAAAUUGUGACCAUCAACAGGCAAUGGCGUGUGGCAAUCAUUGAGCAAACGAGCAUCAGUGGGUCCUGGAAAACCAUCUGGAACUACAACACG